CAAAUUCAGCACACACAGGUGGUCCAUUUCCCGCCAAUUUUCCAAAUUCUCUCAACUUUUUGCCGCGCUUUUGCAGUCUUCCCCAAGGGUUUUAUUUUGGAAACAAAAGGAAAAGGGAAAACGCCGUUAGUAAGCUCGGUAAUCGGAAUUGCACACUGAAAAAAGGAGAAGAAAUGGAAGUAGUUCAAUCUCAUAGGAAAUCCAGUUCCAACAAUGUCAUCGUUUCCAUUCUUCCUCUCUACCGAUCGGCCCCUCCCCUCGAAGUCCGUCUCGAAGAUUUCGAGUUCUUCGCCAUUGAUCGCCUCCGAGUUCUUAAAGGUAUCUCAGAUGGACUAUGCCGUGGAAAGAAACCUGAAGAAAUGGAAAAAUUGGUACUGGAUCUUUGGAAAGCAAAUAUGAGACAUCCGCAGGCAGUGGAGGAAGUAAACAAGGAUAUCAUAUCACAUUUCGUUCUUCGCCUUGUGUACUGUAGAACGGAGGAGUUAAGGAAAUGGUUUCUGUCCAUGGAGACUACCCUCUUCCGCCACCGGUUUCGCUGGGAAAGCUCUGAGGCACAGAGGGCAUUGAUGUCUGAGUUUAAGCUUCCCUACAAGGCAGUCAGCAAUGCGGAAUUUGAGAGUCUGAAGGAUAAAUUAGGCCAAGUUGCACGCUCUAUGGGUCAGACUUUAGCUGCUGCUGAUGCAAUAUUCUACAAGGUGCCCUUUGAAGAAGUUCCUGAUCUUGUAGCUGGUCGUCGAGUGUUUAUACAUAAAGGGCAUGCUUAUGUUGCUAUUAAUCAGGUGGUUUCUCUUGUUGUCACACAAUUUCGAAGUUAUCUAUCGAAGGCACUCAUUUUAACAAACAGAAAAUGGACAUCUACCAUUAGAGAACAAGAGAAGGAUCGCCUGACUCCUAUUGUGGAAGCACUAUGCACAAGCUAUCUGGGUCCUGAUUACUCUCAGCAACAAGAAUUUGGGGAGAUAUCUAUUAAGGACAUUGAUCAAGUUGCUAAGACUUCAUUUCCACUAUGUAUGCGCCACCUACUUGAAAAGGUCAAAGAGGAUCAUCAUUUAAAGCAUGGUGGUAGGAUGCAAUUAGGUCUUUUCUUGAAGGGUGUUGGGCUGAAACUUGAUGAUGCCUUGGCAUUUUGGAAAGCGGAGUUUGCACCAAAGGUUAGUGCAGAGAGGUUUGACAAGGAAUAUGCAUACAACAUACGCCAUAAUUAUGGAAGAGAAGGGAAGAGAACAGAUUAUACACCUUAUUCCUGUCAAAAGAUUAUCUCGGUAACUCCUGGCAUUGGUGAUCAUCAUGGCUGCCCCUAUAGGCAUUUCAGUGAGGAGAAUUUAAGGGCUGCACUUGUAAGAAUGGGAGUAAGCAGUCGUGCAGUAGAGGAUGUAAUGGACAAAGUGCACAAUAGGCACUAUCAGUUAGCAUGUACCUUAACGUUUGAAGCUGUUCAUGGCUCAUCAUGUGAUGCUGGUAUCAAUCAUCCAAACCAAUAUUUCAUUGACAGCCAAAGGGUUCUGCAAUCAAAGAAUGGUUCUGUGGCAUGAGGAGACUCGAGGGCAUCAGUGGUAGUCAUUACAUAUGUUGCACUCACUUUGUAAGGCAGGUUAGAGGAACUGCAAUGAUUGUUUAGAUACUAAACUGAACUGGAUAACAUUUUAAUUUGUUAGUUAGCAUUAGCAUAUAUCUUCAAUUCUAGAAACCCCAUCUGUUAAGAGUUGGUUAUACGGAGUGAGCAUAUCAUUUUAGCUUCUUAAACCAGCUCCAGAUUACAGCAUUAUGUUAAUAUUAAAGAAGAAAAAAAGGUUGCCCCAUGCCCCAAUUUGUGUAAAAAAUAUAGAUUGCUUUUGUUGGGGGGGGGGGGGUGGGGGGUGUUGUAGUCAGGUUGUAAUUUAGUUUGGAGGUGCAACCAAUGAACAGCUAUGAAGAUGGUGGUUCACCUUCUCUAUUUUGAUUUUGAUUUUUGUUGGUUAAGGGCUGUGCCCAACCUAUCAACCUAUGGAAUGUGGUCCAUGACGGGGAAAACAAACACUGAUUAUUGUGUUAUUUGAUUGGGACACUCUUAAUCUUAUUAUACUCUACAGCAGCAAAAAAGUUGCCAAGUGUUCACCUUUGCUAAGGAUGAGCCUUUAUGUUCUA